ACUGCAUCAUUGCACACAGAACAGUGUUAGAAGAAGCGUUCUUUCCUCUUAUUCAACACGGGACUUGCAUUAUGGCUUUAAUGAAACAACUCUUCAGUUUAUGCUUACUGCUUCUGCUUGUGGGUGGAAAUGCUGAUUAUUCAGAUACUGAAUAUGAAGAUCGGGGCGAUAUAGUAGAUAUUGAAUAUGAAGUUAUUGAUGAUGCAGAAGUUAUCAACUUAGAACUUGAAUUCGUGCCUACAUCAAUAGAUAACACCACAACUGACCAAGGUGCAUCUUCACCUGCACCAGGUGCAUCUUCACCUGCACCAGGUGCAUCUUCACCUGCACCAGGUGCAUCUUCACCUGCACCAGGUUCAUCUUCACCUGCACCAGAUCUGUGUGCCUCGGACACUUGUCCUUCAGACAGCACUUGUCAAGAACUCGUGAGUGAUUACACAUGUGUGUGUCGACCCGGACUGUUCUACGAUAGAGCGAAGAAUUCCUGUAAUCUAGCAAAGACUUUCCCAACCGAUAUAACACUGAAUAUGAAAUAUGAGCAAGAUAUGUCAGACAAGAACUCAGCAUUAUUCAAAGAAACAGCAAACAAAAUUCUUACUGCACUCAAAACUGUUUUCACGGAUCCUCAUUAUCUUGGAUCCACAGUGUUGAGGCUAAGGUCAGGCAGUGUGAUAGCAGAUGUAGAGAAUUUCUUCAGCCCCUCAUCAGUCGUUAAUGAAGACAUAGUAAAGAAAGAAUUAAACACAGCAAUUAAGGAUUCAAAGGACAAUGACCUUUUAUUCGGAGCUGAAGUCACAUAUAACUCUGUAUGCAGUACAGGAUUCUGUGAUGAUAAAAGCACAUCAUGUGAGCCUACUAACGGUCUAGCUACAUGCACUUGCAGGAAGGGAUAUAUCAAAAUAAUAGCAACACAACAGGCCUGCGUCUCUUGUCCCAGUGGUGAGAAAGAAGUGAAUUCGGAAAAGUGUACAGCGUGUUCUUUUGGAUACUCUGGUUUCAACUGUGAAGAAUCGUACCUCUUAAUUCUGGUUGUGGUCGCUUGUGUUUUGGGCAUACUUCUUCUUGGCACUCUCACAGGUGCUAUUGUCUUGUACACGAGGUCAAAGAAAACAACUAAAUCUUCAGAAAAACCCCUCACAAAUGGCAAUCUGGAGUUCACUAAACCUGCAGGAAUUCCCAGGAUCCCACGGGUUAACCCUAAUUCUGGCUGGCAACCAAACAAUCUGGAGAUGACAAACAGUGGAAGCAGAAGUGCCCUGGUGAUAAAGGAUCGCUCAGAGAACACAGCGAUGUGGAGCUAUGACUACCCUGAAGACACAAGGAGCCAGACACCUUCUAGAACAGGAUACGGACCCUCAGUAUCAAAUAAUGUCCCAAGGGCCACAAGAAACCCUUACUAUGAUGCAUAUGAUGACAACGUACGCAGAUACUAAUAUUACAACAAAACGGGCUUUAUCUAUUGAUUCUGCUUCAGUGAACACGUUUUGACGAUAUAGACAGACGUGAUUAAAAGCAUCGGUACAAAUAGGAAACAUUAUUAAAGUGUUAAGCCUUAACAUUAUCAGUUAAUAUGAAGCAAAGCAAUAAAGUAAACUAUAUG